AUGGUCAAACCAAGAAAUAAUAGAAAAAAUAAAAAAAUUAGUAACCAAUGCGAUGUUCCAAUCAAUUUUCCUGCAAACACUGAAACUGAUGAAAUGGAAAUCGAAAAUAAAGCUGAUCCAAAUGAAAUAUUUUUCCUUGUACCAAACUCAAAAAUGUUGAAAGUUAACAGAGCUUUGCAAGUAUCGGGUCAUUACAAAUUGAAGCUGGCAGCCUUAGAUAUCCUUGAUGACCAUGUCUCAAAUAAAGAUUUAUUAUCAGAUUUAAGCCACAACCAAUAUGCUUCAGCUAUUAACUACCAAUUAAAUCUUGCUCUCAACCUCAAAUUAAUUGUAGACCCAAUUGCCUUUCCAGAAAAAUACUGUUGGGAAGAAGUUAAAGAUUCCAAGGAAUCAGUCUAUUUCUAUUAUGUUGAAGAAACUGAAAAAAGCAUUUCUUUACUAUUCGAUUUAGUUUACACUUGUGAUGAUUGUCGUUUAUACCAUAUGUCUAGAAGUCUCAAAGCAGAGCGACUUGCAAUAGUUUUUGAAGGCUUUCAUAAAUCAAAAAGAGAAAAUAACAAGCCUGAAAUAAGCAGAUCUUCAUUUGCCUCAUACCUUGAGAUGGUUAAUAAAGCAUCAAAUGACUCAAAGCUUCGAUAUAGUAAUGAAUGGAAAAAUAUCGAACCAGAUAUCAGAAUUAAUUUCCAAAGCACCAUUGCCAGCCCGUAA